AUGGGAGGUAAUUACAACUACACUAACUUUCGAGAUUGGAUGUACAAGAGGAUCGAUGAAGAAACGGGGAAUUUCUCGGAAGAGUUCACAACGGGAGUAGAGCAAUUCAUGGCAUUUGCAAACAGUCAGCCUCUAACACAGGAUAAUAAUGCAUGGAGAAAACUCGAUAUGGCUUUAGGAACAAGUUAUGCUAAUCCGACGCAUUUAAGUGGUAGUGAAGAUCACAUUGGUAAUGCAGUAGAAGAUAGAUAUGUGGAAAUGGUGAAUGAUGCAUUUCGAGAUAAUGUGAGUUUUGAUAACUAUCAACAUGGUGAUAGUUAUCAAAAUGCAGUAGAUCCGGAAUGCAAUCACUCGAAGAAAUUCUACGACUUGUUAGAAGGAGCGAAAAAUCCUUUAUAUGAUGGUUGCCGAGAAGGUCACUCGCAAUUAUCAUUGGCUUCUAGGAUCAUGCAAAAUAAGGUGGAUUAUAAUUUGAGUGAAAAGUGCGUUGAUUCGGUAUGUGAAAUGUUGACAGACUAUUUACCAGCUGGAAACCAAUCAACUGGUUCACAUUACAAGACAGAAAGAUUGAUGCGCAAUUUGGGUCUCCCGUACUAUAAAAUUGAUGUGUGUGUUAACAAUUGUAUGAUCUUCUGGAAAGAGGAUGAAAGGUGGGAUAAGUGUCAGUUUUGUGAUGCACCAAGAUGGAAGCCUAGAAGCGAACGACGUAGAACCAAAGUGCCAUAUAGUCGUAUGUGGUAUCUACCUAUUGCUGACAGAUUGAAGAGAAUGUAUCAGAGCAAGAAGACAGCAGCAGCAAUGAGAUGGCAUGCAGAGCACCAAGCAAAGGAGGGUGAAAUGUCUCAUCCGUCAGAUGCAGCAGAGUGGAAACACUUUCAAGAUCAACAUCCCCGGUUUGUAGAGGAACCCCGUAAUGUUUAUCUCGGCUUAUCUACGGAUGGAUUUAAUCCAUUUGGGAUGUCUAAUAAUCAUUCGUUAUGGCCAGUGAUCUUGACUCCAUAUAAUCUACCUCCUGGUAUGUGCAUGAAUCCAGAGUAUUUGUUUCUCACAAUUUUGAAUUCUGGGCCAAAUCACCCACGAGCUAGUCUAGAUAUCUUCCUCAAACCUCUAAUUGCGGAGUUAAAAGAGCUGUGGUCUACUGGAGUUGAAGAAUACGAUGUCUCUUUGAAUCAAAAUUUUAAUCUUAAGGCUGUGCUUCUUUGGACGAUAAGCGACUUUCCGGCAUAUGGGAUGCUAUCAGGAUGGACGACUCAUGGUAGGUUGUCUUGUCCAAUUUGUAUGGAAGAUACAAAGGCUUUUUAUCUGAAGAAUGGAAGGAAGACGUGUUGGUUUGAUUGUCAUCGAAGAUUUCUUCCUCGUGGCCAUCCAUUGAGGAAGAACAGAAAGGACUUCUUGAAGGGAAAACAUGCUAUGAAUGAAGUUCCACCUGAAUCUUUGAGUGGUGAGCAAGUUUAUUCUGAGCGGUUAAAAGGUGUCAAUCCACCAAAAACGUCCCAGUGCGGUGGAAAUGGUCACGAUAAGAAGAAACCCGGAUAUGGGAAGGAACAUAACUGGCACAAGGAAAGCAUAUUCUGGGAGUUGCCGUACUGGAGGGACCUAAAUCUUCGACAUAAUCUUGAUGUUAUGCAUAUUGAGAAGAAUUUUUUCGACAACAUCAUGAAUACUCUUAUGAGUGUGAAGGGUAAGUCGAAAGACACAAUCAAGUCAAGAUUGGAUAUAGAACUUCUCUGUGAUCGGCAACACUUACAUGUUGAUAGUCGUGGUCAAGCUCUUUUUCCUCCCUACACACUGGGAGAGAGCGCAAGAAAAAGUUUAUUGGAAUGUGUGAAAGUUGGGGUAAAAUUUCCAGACGGUUAUGCUUCCGACUUAGCUAACUGUGUUGAUAUAGAGAAGCGCAAGUUUUCAGGCAUGAAGAGUCAUGACUGCCAUGUGUUUAUGGAGAGGCUACUUCCAUUUAUAUGUGCAGAACUCCUAGACGAGAACGUCCAUCUUGCUUUAUCAGGUACAAAUUAA